CGGAUCAGAUAACUAAUGAGGAGAUUAAAAAAGCCAUGAUGAAAUUUGGAGAAGUAAAGAAAGUCAUUGACUGUGUAUGGGAAGCGCCAUCCCCGAUAGCGGGAAUAAGAGAUGGUAACCGAGAGGUAACCAUCGUAAUAGAUACACCAAUACCAUCAUUCGUAUCUAUAAAAGGAGAAAAGGCGCAUGUACAAUACAAUGGACAGCAGAGAACGUGUAAGUACUGCGAACUCAACAUGCAUUUAGGCAUGACCUGUCUCCAGUACAAAAGAACGGUGACAAAUAACAACGAGGAUGAAGAUACAACUUGAAACAAACCACGCCCCACGAACCACGAUGGCCUCUUCCUCGUCCAGCAGCAGCAGCAGCAGCAGAAUGUCGGUGAUGGACCGCGACCUCUGUCUGCUGCUGGUGGAGAUGUCGUCCGAGAAGGUAACCGUGCGGCAGAAGGCGUUCAACAAGAUGAGCACCAUCCUGAACAACCGGGAGGACGAUUUUCUCGACUACAUGGCAUCGGAUGCGUUCGAGACGCAGUGGUGCGCGGUGCUGGAUGCGGCUUACCACGGCAUACAGAAGCAGAGCUACGCCAUUACGACCCAGGUGCAGAGCAAGAACCACGACUACGUCGUGGUGCUGCACAAGCUCGUUGAGCUGGCGAUGGAUCGGGAUGCGCCGCAGCUACCGCACAGCCAGCUGAUCGGGUGCUUUGUGCGCGCGAUCAACGAUCAAGCGAUGCGGGACAGUUUUGGUGUGUGCUUUCUGCACGUGCUGAACAAGUUCGUGCUGUGCUCCAAGUGGUGCCUAACGCCGGUGAGCUACGAGCACUGGAAAGAAAUUCUUGACUGCUGUUUAGUGAUGCUGGAUACAGCGCACGUACCAAAGCACUUGGCGGCCAACUGUCUCUCGCUGGCUGUGGUGAAAUUUUUAGCCAACUGCUCGAUGCAAACACUGCUGGCGGACUAUUUGAGCCGGCUGAUUGUCCACCUGCGCCAGGCGGUAAACGAGAAGAAAAGUAACGUUUUAUGCGAUCUGAUAAACAUAGCUUUGUACAUAACAGAAGCGAUAGCGGUGGAUUGUAAGGCGAAGAUCAUUGCAUUCUUGGAGUCGCUCGUUCCAUGCACGGUGAAACUUUACAAGGAAGCAAACUUGCGCAAGGAACAGAAAGUGUCACUGUUCCGGUUGAUGCAUCUGUCGCUGAUAAUGUUGUACCCGGGAGGAAAAUCUCAUACCCUUGCCAAACCACUGACCCGAGACGGUUUGCAGCAGGUCGAGGACGAUGAAGCGCGAAGGAAAACGUUGCGCGAAUAUCAUUACAUACUGACGAGUGAAAUGAAGGCACGGGAUCAGAGUUCGUUCUUUGGCUCGAAUGAGGCCCCUUUUGCUGAUGGUUUCAUUGACUUUGCCGCCCGGUUGUGUUAUACGGUGUACUGGAACGAGGAUAAUUGGAAGGAAUCUAGCGGCGAAGAAACGGCCGCAAAGCGAAACAAACAGUUUAACAAACUGCAAAGCAUCAUGGAGAUGGUCGGUACUGCUCCAAAUCAGCUUAAUUUGCGUUGGUUGUACAUCCUUUCUGCGGUUCUAGACAGAUAUGAGGCAGCACUUACUAGCGACGACUAUGCGCAACUGUUGCAACUGUUGUGCAAUGUGCAACCGAGCCUACAAUCGCCGCACGAGCAUGAUGCUUUCUACCAGUGCUGUUCCGUGCUGCUCGCGUUCGAACAAAAGUCAACCCAUCGAUCGUUGAACACAGCGGCGGCCAGCGGUGAAUCGAUUGGCGAGCUUUGGGCCAAAAUGAUAGCCGCUGCGUUCCGUGCCUGCACCAACACCGCCGCAAGAACGUGCGCUAAAUCCAAUCUCCUGCUGCAGCUAUUGAUUCGCCAUCGAAAGUAUCCGAACGUCGGCUUUCUAAACAGCACCGUGCUGGAAACGGUGGGCAACGCCGAGUGUCUCGGCAGUGUCGACGGUGUGCUGACCAAGCUGCUCAACUAUCUCUAUCCGCAGACGCGCGAAACACAGUCGAAAGCGAUACUACACGCAAAGGAGCGGCUGAGCGCAAAGACGCUGGCACGCAUUUCGAUCCUUUGCGUGGUGACUACAUGUUGCGCAAUGGAUGAGACAGAGCGGCACACACACGCCGGAGUGCACGAUACCUUUUACCGGGAGCGAGACGGGCAGUUGCAAACGCUCGAGCAAAGACUUCGCUACCAUAGUUUAGAGGAAUUGCUAGCGUUGGAGCAGCACAAAAAGGAAGGGAUUGAUGCGGAAUCACCCCAAGGCAGCGCACGAAUCUCUUACAACAUAAACGAACCACUGUUUUUGCGCCUGUGUGAGGUAGUAAGCUUCGACAAGCAUAUCCUGCCCGAUGGGAAUUAUUUUCUAGCCGAUGGAUUGGCAUGCAUCUGCGACGAUUUGGAGUUGUACCUGGAGAUGCUCAACAUUUUGCAGCUGCACGCCGCGUACGAUGAGCAGCAGUGCACCAGGAGCCCACUGUACCAAAAGGUUCUGCUCAAGUUCGACCUACUAAACGGUGGAUUUGAGCGGCUGUUGAAAAACGAUGCGGCCUCCACGCUAAAUCUCAUCAAAACCAGGAACCUUGCCGAGCGAUUGUUGGCCAUCUUUCGUGUCCCUUACCAUCCGUCGGUAAGGAAGCUGCUGCAGCAAACCGAACACACGUUCAUUAUGCGAUGGGCAAUCGGGCAGAUCAGUCUGAAGGAGGGGGAGGAUUCGCAGUGCGUGACCGUGUUGCAGCCGGAUAAACUGGCCACGGAAGAGCAAAUGCAGCGAUGUUUCCUCCACGUCGUAGCGGAAUAUCUGCAGUACGAAGGGCCAAGCCUGAACGAGGCUCACGAGCUGCUGGAUCGGUUGGAACUGAAUGUGUUCAGCAGUUUGGAUUUGUUCUAUCUGUUUGAUCUGUGUCGAAUACUGCUGGCGCAAACUUCCCAUGAGGUGGUGGCCGUAUGGGUACUGAGAAACCUGGUAGAUGUGUGCAAAAACCACUACACCAAUCCUGACAUUACGGAGCAGAUUAUCGAUCUGUACGGUGCUUUAACCGCCUUCGUGAGCCCGUACGAAGACAUGAUCCGCAACGUAACGAUCGUGCUGUACUCGUUCGUAAAACAGUGCGCCAAACACACGUACUCUACCGAGCUGCAGGUGAAGAUACUGGCGCAGGUGAAGUAUCUGCUCCGCGCUUACCCGCAGCACAUCCGUACGCCAACGCACGAGAGCAUCUACAACGGAUUGGUGCCGUUGCUGAGCAGCCCAAGCUAUCGCAUCAAGCUGGAAGCGGUCAGGAAUAUUCUGCACUUCAUGCAGCUCGAAUGGUCACAUCCUGACCUUUCUUCGGUUCCGUGCAGCUUUUACGAGUUUCAGCUGCAACUGUACGAUCAAAUUCAGUUCGAGGAGCUACUAGCGACCGACGGUGGGAUGGACAUGAACGAUGAGAGAAUGAACGUGAUUAGCGGCUGCCUUCAGCUGCUGUUGGGCAUCUUUCGCAUUAGCUUCAUGCUGCGUCGGCGCGCGUUGUGCGAUUUUGUGCUGCUCGUUCAGUUGGGAAGCGUAAACGAUGGUAAGUGUUGUUACAGCAAUAGCUGA